AACAGACGGCUCCUGGACUGGAAGCGGCUGCUGGGCGAUCAGCUGCACUGCUGCUGCUCCUCCUCAUAGUGGCGCGGUGUGGGCCGGAGCCAGGCCUCCACUGACGGAUUGAACCUUUCGGUACCCGUCCCGUUUAGUGUCAACAGCGGGUGUCACGUACGGAACUUGAUGCAUUUAAUGGUUAGCGCUAGCUAGCGUUGCUACAUAACCCGAGAUGUCUCGGUGGUCGGCACUUAGCUGAGCCCCCCCCCCCCCUUCCAAAAAAUUGAUUUGCAACCGCUCCGGAUCACACAGCUAUGCGGGAGACGUUACGGUCCGCUGGUGUCGGAUUACUGGACGUGUUGAUGGUACGGCUGCACCCGGCCCCGCAGCGUCGAGCAUCAUGAGCGACUGCCAUGGCGGUACGGUGCAGCGACUUGAUGUUGAUCAGUGCGGGGAAGAGGACGAAUGUUUGGUGCCACUCUCCCCGGUACUGCUCGAUGCUUCCGGGGUUCCCGUCAUCCCAGUACCCGCCCCAGAAUGCCGUACUCCGGGGACGGAAGAGAUGAAGAUCGGGGAGAAUCUCAACCACCGAGGGCGUGAGCAACAUCGGGUCACCGUCAGAGCCAUCGGGAAAGUGAUGGGGGACAAGUGGGAGGCAAACGGGAACUUUUCGACUGGCAUCCACGCCCAGGAGGAUGGAGACAAACACUGCAAGAAGAAGAAGCUGGUGACAGUGGACACUUCUAAAGCCAAAACCUCCCUGGAGGGAGUCAAGAUCAGCAUCAGGAUGCUCAAGUGGAAGGAGAUUCCCAGCGGAAGACGAGCUCCAUGCGACAUCUACUGGCACGGCGUCUCCUUCCACGACAGUGACAACAUCUCGUCGGGCCAGGUGAACAAGUUCCCAGGAAUGCUGGAAAUGUCACGCAAGAUCAACCUGAGUCGAGCCGUGCGCAUUAUGGAGGAGCUCUUCCCCGUGGAGUACGACUUCUACCCGCGCUCCUGGAUCCUGCCCGACGAGUACCAGCAGUUCUCCGCGCAGCUUCGCAUGGUGAAGGAGUGCGACGACACCUUCAACCCCACCUUCAUCGUCAAACCCGACAACGGCUCUCAGGGCGAAGGCAUCUACCUCAUCCGCGACCCGGCUGAGCUGAAGCCGGCGCCGGCCAUAGCGGCGGGCGCACAGGCCCGGCAGGCCGUGGUGCAGGAGUACAUCGGCAAGCCGCUGCUGGUGGACAAGCUCAAGUUCGACAUCCGCCUCUACGUGCUGCUCAAGUCGCUGGAGCCGCUGGAGAUUUACAUCGCCAAGGAGGGCCUGACGCGCUUCUGCACGGAGCCCUACCAGGAGCCGAGCCAGAAGAACCUGGGCCAGGUCUUCAUGCACCUGACCAACUACUCGCUCAACGUGCACAGCGGCAACUUUGUGCACUCGGAAAGCCAGAGCACGGGCAGCAAGCGCACGCUGAGCAGCGUGCUACGGCGGCUGGCCGCCAAGGGCGUGGACGUCAAGAGGGUCUGGUCGGACAUCAUCGCCCUGGUCAUCAAGACCGUCGUCGCCGUGGUGCCUCAGCUCAAAGUUUACCACCAGGCCGACAUCCCGCCCGGGAAACCCGGGCCCUCCUGCUUCCAGAUUUUAGGUUUCGAUAUCCUCCUGAUGAAGAACCUGAAGCCCAUCCUUCUGGAGGUCAACGCCAACCCCAGCAUGCGCAUCGAGCACGAGCAGGAGGUGUCGCCGGGAGUGUUCGAAUGCGUUCCCAGUCCGGUGGACGAGGAGGUCAAAGUGGCCGUCAUCAGGGACACGCUGCGCCUGGUGGACCCCCGACUCAAGAGAGCGUCCUCAUGCCAGCGGCGGUCAGCGGGCGGGGAGGAGGCGGCGGGCGACGGCCAAGUCAGGAAGCAUCCCGACGGCGUGCCGUCGCCGUGCCUGAAGCAGGUCUACCCCAAGUACAGCCGGCAGUUCAACUACCUGCGCCUGGUGGAGCGCAUCGCCGCCCUCUUUGUCCGCUUCCUUGGUGUCAAAGGGAACAUGCGCCUCGGACCCACCGCCUUCAGAACCUUCAUCAGGAACUGCAAACUAAGUAGCAGCAACUUCACCAUGGCAUCGGUUGACAUCCUCUACAUCGACAUCGCGCGGCGCUGGUCCGGAUCUUUGCCCGACUCUCGGGAAGCAGGCAUGGGCUUGCCGGCUUUUGUGGAGGCCUUCUUGUAUCUGGCGGCCCGCAGGUUCAAGACGCAGACACCUCGACAGCAAGCGGCGUCCCUCCUGGAUCUGUGCGAGGCCCAGCUGGAGUCGCCGACGUCUGGCCCCGAAGAGCGCCGCUCGUUGAGUUGCGGUCGGGCGGCGUCCCGUGGCGGUGCGGGGGCGCCCAAGCCCCACCUCCAGCAACCCGGGCAGGCCCCGCCCUCACCCGCGGCCGCGCCUCCGGCACGCCGAGCCUCAAGCCAGGACUGCCGCAGAGCCAAGGGUCGCUCGCGAGAGGCACGCGUGGAAAACUGACGUUGCUCGCCAUUGUCUUUGCCCGGGGGCAGCUUACCGUUAAGAAUAUUAUUUCUCUAUUUUUUCAUUGAGUUUAUGAACUAAUUUUUGAAUUGGUGUAAAUACAAAGAAUGCAAUGAACAUUUAACGUUUUUGAAUUUGUGUUAGGAGGCGAAACUGGCUGCAGCCAUUUGACAACUGCUAGAAAAAAGGACGUACGUCCGAAAGCCAAAUGUGGCCCUCGAGCGCUCUCUAAUACCUCUGAUUUUGCACAAAGACACAUUUGCACACAAAUGUAUGCAUGCGUCGAUAAAAAUAAAAACAAAAAAAAAAAUGGUGGGAAAAAUAUUGCACAGUAGAUAGAGCUUAACGAGCUGACUUUUUAUUUGAAUGCCAAGACAAGUGGGCAGCUGUAGGAUUUGUUUGUAGUGGAAAUGAAGUAGAUACCACUAACAGAGAAUAAACUUUGACCAAAUAAACAUUUGUAUGCACGGCAA